ACCGUACGGUAACAUCCUCGACGGUGGUUGCGGCGACGACACGCGCUUCAACCCUUUGACGGGUGAAACAUUGAAACCUAUGUAUAUGUAUCUCAAACUUCAUCGUUCCAUCCGCGUAUUCUGUUCUAAUUGCUUUUAUUGAUAGAUAAACUCGCAAAACGUCACGUCGUUUUAUUUUUUAUUUUUUUUUCCCAAAUGGGACAGUCACCGUCUUCCGCUGUAUCGUCGCCGGACCGAAAUCGCCGGGAGAUUUUCUUAAACACCAACCGAUUCGGUUACGGCGAUGCUGAUAUUUCCGAUGACUCCAUCACUGGCCGCGACUACACUUCAGAUAUCCCUGACGAGUGCUUGGCCGGAAUCUUUCAGUUUCUGGGCUCCACCGAUCGGAAAAGCUGCUCCGUCGUAUGCAGGCGGUGGCUGAGAGUCGACGGCGAGAGCCGCCACCGGCUUUCCCUGAAUGCUCAGGCGGAGGUUCUGGACUUCGUUCCUUCGCUGUUCGCUCGGUUCGACUCGGUCACGAAACUCGCCCUGCGAUGUGACCGUAGGUCAACCAGCAUAAACGACGACGCUUUGAUUCUGAUCUCGCUCCGUUGCAAGAGCCUCGUGAGGCUCAAGCUUCGAGGGUGCAGGGAGGUCACGGAGAUCGGAAUGGCGGGUCUUGGGAAGAAUUGCAAGAAUCUGAAGAAGCUUUCAUGUGGGUCGUGCACGUUCGGAGCCAAGGGUGUUUACGCCGCCAUCGAUCACUGCACGGUUCUCGAAGAACUCUCUGUGAAGAGGCUUCGAGGGGUUGAAGAUGGCGUCACUGAAUUAAUGGGUCCUGCCGUGGCUUCUUCUUCUUCUUCAUCAUUGAAAUCUAUUUGCCUUAAGGAGCUUGUUAAUGGCCAAAGCUUUGCGCCACUCAUAAUUGGUUCGAAAAAGCUUCGAACUUUGAAGCUGAUUCGAUGUUUGGGCGAUUGGGAUAUGACUCUUGAGAUGGUUGGAAAGUUGAACUCUGGGUUGGUUGAAAUUCAUCUAGAGAAGGUUCAGGUUAGUGAUAUGGGUCUCGCAGGGAUAUCCAAGUGUUUGAGUUUGGAGACUUUGCACCUUGUGAAAACUCCAGAGUGUUCAGAUUUGGGGGUUUCUGAUGUUGCUGAACGCUGCAAGAUGUUGAAAAAGCUUCACAUUGAUGGAUGGAGGACUAACAGGAUUGGUGAUGAUGGUUUGGUUUCUAUUGCUAAACAGUGUCCUAAUUUGCAAGAGCUUGUGUUGAUUGCUAUGUAUCCUACUUCUUUGAGCUUAGCAGCAAUUGCUUCCUCUUGCCAAAGUUUGGAAAGAUUCGCUCUUUGUGGGAUUACCACAGUUGGUGAUGCAGAGAUUGAGUGCAUUGCUGCCAAAUGUGUGGCACUCAAGAAGCUAUGCAUUAAGGGUUGCCCUGUAUCUAAUGUUGGGAUUGCAGCUUUUGCUUCGGGUUGUCCCAAUUUGGUUAAACUUAAGGUAAGAAAGUGCAGAAAUGUUACUGGUGAAGUUGUGGAGUGGUUGCGUGAAAGGAGGAGUUCUUUGGCGUUUAAUUUUGAUCGCAGUGAAGUUGAAGCAUUGGACAGCAGUGGUAGUGAGGGUGGAGCUCAGGAAAGUACGAUAGCGUUUCCUCUAAUAGACACUACCCAAGUAACCCUGGUUGAUGAUAUUGAUGCUCCUUCAAGUAGUAAUAACAACAACAACAACAACAACCGAUUCUCAAUGUUGAGGACAAAGUUUGGAUUUUUGGCUGGUAGGAGUUUUGUGCCCUGUGCAUUAAGAAGGUGGGCAAACAUUGAUAAUAUCUCCACUGGCAACUUUUCAUGAUCUUUUGUAAGAAUGGUAUUGGAUUCUUGCCAUUUUCAAUACAUGUCUUGUGUUUAGUUGCAUGUUCCCUCAAGUGUUGCUCAGUGAAUUUUGUUUUACUGAGGGGAUCGCUAAUAGCAGUUGUUAUUAUGUUAUCUACCUGUAGCCAAUUACCUUCAUUGACUGGUCCUAUUCAAUUUUGUUUUAAUGGUUGAUACCACUUUUUGGUUUUCUGUUUUGCGUGGAAGUUCCAUAGUGGAGUGUUCAGAAGGAGUGGGGAACCAUUUUCUUUGUCAACAGCAUGUUCUUAUAA